CUUUCCCGGCUGUCAAUAUGCGUGCUUGGGCUAUACAGCGCCCGGGCUGGGGCUACUGUGUGGAGUGCGCAUGUGCGAACGGAGGGCCAGGCCUGAAGAUGGCGGAUGAUAAGGACUCGCGGCCAAAGCUGAAGGAUCUUGCUUUUUUGAAGUCUCAGUUGGAAAACUUACAACAGCGAGUGGAAGACGAGGUGCAGGCUGGAGUGGGCCAGGAUGGUUCUUUGCUGGCAUCUCCAUUUCUCAAAGGGUUUCUGGCAGGUUACAUUGUAGCCAAACUCCGAUCUUCUGCAGUCCUAGGAUUUGUGUUUGGGACCUGCACUGGAAUAUAUGCAGCUCAGACCUAUGCAGUUCCCAAUGUUGAAAAGACAAUCCGAGACUAUGUCAGCUCGCUGAGGAAAGGACCAGACUAGAGGAGAAUCCUUUGGACAACAGUGCACUCCGGAAACAGCUCUUCUCAUCUUAGACAUCGUUGACAUGAUCUUAAGGGGCUCCCAGGACUGUGGCUACAUAUGUCAUUCUGACCCAUUGUAAAACAUGUGUAAUACCAGAUCAGUGUGAAACAUCA